ACUCAUAGACGGAACGUGGUUGUAGUUCCGGUGUCCAAGCGUGAGGGCGCUGAUCGAGGUAGUACAGCCGUACACCGCACAUGCGCACAAGGCCUAUCGUAUUGUACAAUAAUUUUUAAUUCUGUUGCGCCUGCGACUUAUCAACACACCGCGUACUAUCACAAUAGUAUAUUACUGUUAUAUUUCUGGUUCUGAUUUAAAAUUUUCAAUUGUUUCAACAAGUGUUUUUCUUGAGUUUUGCCGAUUUUCCUUAUUUGUAUUGUUUAAUUUAGUCUCAACUUUGUACUAAGAUGCCUAGGAAGUGUGUCAUUUGCAAUGUUUAUGAUAGAAAUAGUGACCAAUCAUUUUAUUCCUUUCCUAAGGAUGAAGGUCGCAAGAAGUUGUGGUUAAAAGCUUGUGGAAUUGGCCUAUAUCUACCGUCAUAUAGAGUUUGUGAGGCUCAUUUUUCUAAUGAAGACUUUUUACCAAAUGGUUACUUAACGAGUAUUGCUAUUCCAGUAAAUAUAAAAUCUAAACAGCCAGAAUUAUUAGAAUCCGCAAAUACAGUUUUUGAGUCAACUUCUCAAGAAACUCUGUCGCCCGAAAAAAUUACAAUCGUAUCAACAAAUAGUAUUUGUAUUACUCCAAAAAAGCGAUGUUCUAGUGUAUUGCCUGAUGUGAGUUCAAGUCAAAAACGAAAAAGAUUUAAUCCAGAUACGAUUGGGGAUUUAUCGCCAAGUCACUUUAAUACACCAAGGAAAGCUAAAAAGAAUUUAGAAAUGGUCAAAUAUAAGUUCAGCCAAAAACAAACCCAAAAUGUAAAUUUGAAAAAGCAGGUGAAGAGACUGCAGACCAAGCUCAAAACUUAUGAUGACCUUAUCCUUCAACUGAAAAGUAAAAAUUUCAUAUCUGAAAAUGCAUCUGUUCAUCUAAAGUCUAUUGGUUCAGAAUCAUUGCGUUCUUUAAUAGAAAGAAAUAUGAAAGGUCAAAAACUGCCUUAUUCGUCUGAACUAAGAAAAUUUGCUAUAACAUUACAAUUUUAUUCAACCAAGGCAUAUCAAUAUGUAAGGAAAAGUUUUAAUAAUGUGCUUCCUCAUCCUAGAAGCAUUAGUAGAUGGUAUAAAGUUGUUAAUGGUGACCCCGGUUUUACUGACGAAGCAUUUAAAUGCAUAGAAAACAAAGCCAAAAAUGAGACUGUUAUAUGCAAUAUUGUACUUGAUGAAAUGUCUAUUAGAGAACAAACUGACUGGGACGGAACAAAAAUGCAUGGGUUUGUUGAUAUGGGUACAAAUGUUGAAACGGAAGAUGAUAACGCAGUUCAUGCAAAAAACGCAUUUGUUUUUAUGGCCGUAGGUAUAAAUGGCCACUGGAAAAUGCCAAUUGGAUAUUUUCUUGUUGCUGGGCUAAAUGGAUCAGAACGAAGUAAUUUGUUGGAGCAGUGCUUAAAUCUGAUGUCUGAAACUGGUGCAAAAGUGCAUUCCGUUACUUUUGAUGGAGCAUAUACAAAUGCAACAAUGUGUUCAAAAUUAGGAGCUUCAUUUGAUAUAAACGAUGACUCAAGUUUCUGUAUACAAAACCCAUUUAACAAUGAGCCAAUAUUUAUAUUUUAUGAUGCAUGUCAUAUGCUCAAAUUGGUGCGAAACACAUUAGGGGAUAUGAAAUAUAUGUAUAACCAGAAUGGACUAGAAAUAAGUUCGGAUCAUAUAAAAGCUUUACACUUCAAAGAGAAAGAAGAAGGUUUAAGAGCUGCAACCAAAUUAUCAAAUAAGCACAUCUACUAUCAUAACGAGAAAAUGAAUGUAAAAUUAGCAGCUCAAGUGCUAAGUAAUAGUGUGGGGAGCGCUUUAAAAUUUUGCAAGUCAUUAGGUGAUCCAAAUUUUAAAAAUGUUGACCCUACUGCUGAAUUUUGUUUUAUGAUCAACAAUGCAUUUGACAUUUUAAACUGUAGAACUAUGUACUCCAAAAAUCCCUUCUGCUUAGCCCUGGACUCAAAAGUAUAUCAGAAAUAUGCUGAUUUUAUUGUUAAGUUUAAGGAAUAUAUAUUAGGAUUAAAGUUGGCCAAUGGUAAACGAGUGGUAGAUUCAGGUAGAAAAACUGGCUUCAUUGGUCUUAUUAGCGCAUUAUCAAAUUUAUUAAAGUUAUAUACAUAUCUUAGUACUACGUAUUCAUUGUCUUAUAUGCUGUCUUACAAACUGUCUCAGGAUCACAUCGAGACAUUUUUUAGUUCAAUUAGACAAAGAGGUGGAUUCAACAACAAUCCUUCUUGUAAACAGUUUAAGUCAGCAUAUAAGAAAUUAUUAGUUCACAACGAAAUAAGUGGAUCACAAUAUGGCAACUGUAUUUCUAUACUUGAUACAACACAAAUGUCGGUAGUGAAAAUAGGACCAGAUAGUAUUAUAAGCGAUGAUAGUGAACAAAACAUAAAUAUAACUGACCACGAUUAUUUUAGAGCAAUACAUAGGAUAACUCCCUUUUUAGAUGAAGUGACAAACAGAAACUAUCAACCGGAUUUAAAGGUAUUGGAUCUGAAAGACAAAUUGAUAUUAGAUUUUUUGAGUGUGAGAUUUCCUUCCGCAGACUGCAACCGCGUAUAG